AUGCAUCUUGUUCGCGGUCAGCUCCACCUUACAGAGCUAACACCUCUUGCACCAAAGUAUCGCUUAUCACGAGAAUUCGUGGCCAAAUCAUUUGGUGGACAGAAGCUGAAGGAUAAGUAUCCGUGGGUAGUUACACUCAGGUCUAGCGCGAACAAAGAUUAUAUUCCGCAUGAACCUGAUGGACAGCAAUUGGUGGAUGUGAAACUUCGAGAAACACGAGACACCCUCAUAGUAGUGGAAACGCCUCCAACAGUCGGCAUAUGCAAUGGGGACAGUGGAGGUCCGCUCUUCCAAACUAACAUUGAGAACAAAAAUGUACAGAUGGGAGUGAUGUCUGGAGGCUUAUCAUGCGAAGAGCACUACAUAAAUUCCCUAACUGAUAACUACGUCGAAGAUGGUGUGGAGGACAACUUCACUGAUGUGCGUCAAUAUUUGGACUGGAUAUGCGAAAAGACAGGUAUUUGCCCUCGAAAUUGA